GUGGCGGGCCCAAUCGCCAUAGCCAGCAAGCUUCGAUAGGAUGGACAGAGAGCGGAAGCUGGCUGGAAGGGGAGACUAUAUUUAGCCGCCAUGAGCUUGCCGCCUUUGGCGCCUUGUGAUGCUCAGCUUAGUGUUCUGUGCUCCGUCUUUUUCCAGCUGUGACCAUGCUUGAUCUCGCUGCCUUGCGUGAGCAGACCUUGAACUAACUGUCACUCUGUUCUUCGUCGUUGUUAACAGUUCUGGUACCUGCCGUGGUGCUCAUGUUGAAGCUAUUUGGUCGGAGGAGGAGGUGAUUGCGGGGAAUGGUGAGAUGAGAUGAGAGGGGAUUGAGGUUGCGGUUGCGGUUGCGGGGGAAGUAGAUCGAGGGGGCAGGCCAGGGGCAGAUGGAAGAGCAGGACGGGGGCUGGAAGGGAGCAGGACAGGGGUUGAGAGGCGGAGGUGGAGCAGCAGGAGGCUUGAUGGUGAACCAAGCGGAUGUGUUUAGCACGGUCUUGGCGACGGCGCAAGACGGGAUGGGAGGUUUGGACGUGGGAUCAGAUGAGGGGAGAGGGAGCGAGAACGCGGAUGGUUUGCAGCUUGACGAUAAUCUCGCCUCUAGUAUUACGCGUCAGAAGGUUGCUGCGGCUAAACAGUACAUUGAAAACCAUUACAAGGCGCAGAUGAAAAGCUUGCAGGAACGGAAAGAGAGGCGCUGGACCCUGGAGCGAAGGUUACAAGAUGCAGAUGUGUCCCCAGAGGAUCAGCAUAACUUGUUGAAGGAUCUUGAGCGUAAAGAGACAGAGUAUAUGCGGUUACAGCGUCAUAAAAUGGGGGUGGAGGAUUUUGAGCUGUUAACAAUUAUUGGACGAGGCGCCUUUGGAGAGGUGAGGCUCUGCAGAGCGAAAGCAACUGGAGAAGUUUAUGCCAUGAAGAAAUUGAAGAAAUCAGAGAUGCUGUCAAGAGGGCAGGUGGAACAUGUGAGGGCGGAAAGAAAUUUGUUAGCAGAAGUGGACAGUCACUGUAUCGUGAAGUUACUGUACAGUUUUCAGGACUCUGAAUACUUGUACCUGAUCAUGGAGUAUCUACCUGGAGGUGACAUGAUGACUUUGCUGAUGCGCAAGGAUACCCUAACAGAAGAUGAAGCUCGCUUCUACGUUGCACAAUCCGUUUUAGCUAUUCAGUCCAUCCAUAGGCACAACUAUAUUCACCGGGACAUAAAACCCGACAAUUUGUUGCUGGAUAAAAAUGGACAUUUGAAGCUGUCAGACUUUGGAUUAUGCAAACCUUUAGAUUGUCGUGCGUUAUCAACACUGCAUGAACAUGAGCCUGGUUCCGAUGAGGAGUAUCGGGAGCCAAUGCCUAUGGACAUAGAGGGUGGUCGCUCUCAACCAUCCACGCGUGAGCAGUCACAUCGUAGUCAGCAGGAGCAGUUGCAGCAUUGGCAACGAAAUCGGCGGAUGCUGGCAUAUUCCACAGUUGGUACUCCGGACUACAUUGCGCCCGAAGUGCUGUUGAAAAAAGGCUAUGGCAUGGAGUGUGACUGGUGGUCACUUGGAGCCAUCAUGUUUGAGAUGUUAGUCGGUUAUCCACCUUUCUAUUCGGAUGACCCCAUGAAUACCUGUAGGAAGAUAGUGAAUUGGAGAACGUAUCUUAAGUUCCCAGAUGAAGCUAAGUUGACUCUCGAGGCCAAAGAUCUGAUUUGUAGAUUGCUCUGUGAUGUAGACCAACGUUUAGGAAGCCGAGGCGGAGAUGAUAUUAAGGGGCACCCAUGGUUCAACGGUAUUCAAUGGGACAAGCUCUAUGAAAUGGAGGCUGCAUACAAGCCCGAAGUCAAUGGAGAACUCGACACCCAAAACUUUGAGAAGUUUGAUGAGGUCAGUUCUCAGCCUCAUCCUUCCACCAGAUCAGGCCCCUGGCGAAAGAUGCUGACUUCCAAAGAUGCUAAUUUUGUGGGUUACACGUACAAGAACUCGGAUGUGUUAAAAGGGAUGAUGAACUCGCCAAUCGCCGAGCUGAAGAAGAAACCUCAACCUAAGAGACCAUCUAUUGUGUCUCUCUUUGAUAAUGCAAAUACAGGUGUAGUAUGCAAUGGUGAAGAUUCUGGCCACGCACACAUGGAUUACUCAGGUCGCCAAACUGAUGAAUCACACACUUCAUCCUUCCAACGGAAAUCACAAGUAUUUCACUCUGGUGAGAAUGGCAGAUUGUAGAUCUUCCAUUCAGUUGGUUCAAGUCACUAGUCUCAUAGACGAUAGAUAUUUUUAGUUGAACAAACUUGAGCUUGUAUGUUAAAGGAAUGUGCCAUCUGGUAUGUGGAUUUAGUAUAGAGGAUAUAGCGUUGGCGAGUCUAUAUCCUUGGAUUCUGGUUUUGGUUUGAUAAGUAGUUCCAAAAGAUUUUGAUGGAAAUUUCAAAACUGCCGUCUGCCACGAUAAACUCGUGCCAUUGACGCGAAUGGUGUACAAAUACUUGUGCAAUAAUAUUAGAUAUCUGAGCAGAGGUAAGGACCUACUUGGAUUCGUUUAAGUGCCAGAGCCGAUACUUCUAGGA